AUGGAUAUUCACCGUUGUCGAUUCGUGUCAUAUAACCCCCAAGCGAUUAACUCUCUUGCCUUCUCUCACCCCCCAUCUGCCGAUGCCGCCGGUCGAGGCGUGCCUACUCUUCGACUCGCAAUUGGCCGUGCGAACGGCGAUAUCGAGAUAUGGAACCCAAUGCGCGGGGCUUGGUUUCAAGAGACAAUGCUAAGAGGAGGAAAGGAUCGGAGCAUCGAAGGACUGACCUGGACUCUGGACCCCUCAGAAGACGGCCCCGAUGGCUCCAAGCUACCUGGCAAGCUGCGCCUGUUCAGCAUUGGAUACUCCACCGCUGUCACUGAGUGGGAUCUGGAGCAGGGACGUCCCUUGCGCCAUUCGAGCGGCAACUACGGAGAGAUAUGGUGUCUUGCUGCUCAGCCGCGCUGGCAACCAACCAAGAGAGGUAAGGAUGGAAAAUUUCUGCCUCCCGCCGAGGGCGAAUAUACAGGCCAACACUUGGCCGCCGGAUGCGCUGAUGGAUCUAUCGUGAUUUUGUCCACUGCGGACGGCGACUUGAAGUUUCUUCGUUUGAUGCGACCCUCAACAAAGAGGGCUCGCGUGCUCAGCGUGACUUUCCAGAACCGAAACACUAUCGUCGUGGGCUACGCUGAUAGCUCCAUCCGUCUUUUCGAUAUCCGAAACGGCCAGCAACUUCGGACAAUCUCGCUUGGAAAGGGUCCUUCCGGUGGUCCCAAGGAGUUACUCGUUUGGUCCGUCAAAUGUUUGCCAGACGGUACCAUUGUGUCUGGAGACUCUGCCGGUGAAAUCCGAUUCUGGGAUGCAAAGAACUAUUCCCUCACUCAGCGUCUCCAGGGCCACCUGGCGGAUGUGCUUGACGUGGCUGUUAGCGCCAAUGGAGAUACUGUCCUGAGUGGUGGUGCGGACCAGAGGACUGUUGUCUUCCGCAAAAAGGAGGGCGAUAAGGGCGACAAGAAGGCUCGCUGGGCGGAGGUUAUGCACAGGCGAUACCAUUCGCACGAUGUCAAGACUUUCGCUGUCUACGAGACAAAGGAUAUCAGUAUUGCCGUUUCUGGUGGACCUGAUGCGACACCAAUUGUCCUUCCUCUGCGUGAAUUUGGAAAAGAGCACCACCGAAAGCUUUCCAGUCUCCCUCAGAUCCCUCAACUCACUUCGGCGCCUUCUUCUCGCCUGGUCAUGAGUUUCUGGGACCGAGAAGUCAGUUUGUGGCGCGUGUCGCGCGGCCCAACCUCGCAGCAUGAGAAUAUCGAUGGUCAAAGGCAUAAGCUAGUCGCAAAGGUUAUGAUCCAGGGCGAAGAAAACAUUACCUCCUCUAUGUUGUCCCCAGACGGAAAGACCCUCGCCGUUGCAACGAUCUCCGAUGUCAAAGUAUUCACAGUCCGCCGACGCAAGGGCGACGAAAAGGGUGCUUUGCGGAUCCAGAAGAUCGAUGUUCCGAAGGCCCUUUCCAGCGAGGGUGCACGCCUCGUCACUAUCUCUCCCGAUAGUCGCUGGCUCUGUGUGAUUCGUCCUAAUAGCGAAGUUUAUGUCGCUAAAAUCCAACCCGCAUUGUCUGCCACCGAGAAGCCACAGAUUCUUCCGCAGCUCGCAAACCUCAAGCGUGCUGUUCGACAUGCUCGCCACGAAAAGACCUCUCACGGCACCCUGGGUGAUUAUGAGCGCAUAAUUCGAUCUGUUGUCUUCUCUGAAGACAGCAAGAUUAUCGCUGCUGGCGACCUGUCAGGUUGUAUUGAUACAUGGGCACUCAACACAGAAAUUGCAUCUCAAACAAACGGCAAGGUCAAGAAGAUUGGUGCUUCGGACUCCGACGAUGACUCCUCUGACGACGAGGAUGAUAAUGUUGCGAUUGAGGGUGAGCGUUGGCUACCGGCAGCUUCUGAAUCUCCGAUACCCCGAAUGAAGUCCGGAAUCACUCUGUUGUCCUUCCGCCCUGCUAGCCCUUCUACGAAGACUCAGGUUAAUAGCGCCAACCCUAAAGCCUCAGCUGGCCAAGACCGAUUGAUGGUCGUCACCAGCGAGCAUCAACUUAUUGAAUUUGAGGUUCUCAGUGGAAAGCUGUCUGACUGGUCAAGACGCAACCCCAAGGCUUACCUUCCUGCCGAGUUCCGGGGUGUGAAGGAUCGUGCCAUGGGUUGCAUUUGGGAUCUCUUCGAAGGCCGUGAGCGUCUCUGGAUGUACGGAACAUCCUGGCUGUGGAUGUUUGAUUUGCUGCAGGAUUUCCCGACCCCGGAGGAGAUAGAGGCCGAGGAGAGCAAAUCUUCGAGCCAGCUUAUCAAAGCAUCGAAGCGCAAGCGCGACCCGCUGGAAGAGGAAGAGGAUAAUCGCAAGAAGCCCAAUAGCGGUGCUGGAGACCGGAUCCCUCGGUCGCAAAUGGAUAUUCACCUGGGUUCCAAGGAGCGUCAACGCGUCCCCGGCGAAGAUGAUGAAGCCUACGACUACGACGAGACAUUUGCUGCUGGCAACGAUGCCACUCUUGCGCGACUUCGACGUGAAGAUGGCCCGGCCCUUGAGAACGGAACCCCCAAAAAGGGAACGAACAAGGGUAAAGCCAGCUCUGACGCCAACAAGACCGCAGAUACCCCCAAGAAAUCGCAGGUGACGACCAAUGGCACUUCAUCUCAGCCCACCCGACGCUGGUGGCACACCUACAAGUACCGCGACCUUCUCGGUAUUGUCCCUCUUAGCUCCCUGUCAGGCGAUGAUCAGGAGCAGGGCCCGGGCGAGAACUUGGAGGUAGCAUUGAUCGAGCGACCUAUGUGGGACGUUGAACUGCCUGGAAAAUAUGUGAAGGAUUAUGAGUGA